AUGCUUACUUGCCACCUUACCCCAUUUUCUCACAACCCAAUUUCAAAGUUUCAAUAUAAAUACGUGUAUUUCAUUUCCAAGUUACAUAUUCUUCAUUACGUUUCUAAGUUUGGCAUCAUGAAAGAAUCCAUCCCCAUGGACUUAGCUUUAUAUUUGGCCAUCUUUUUUGGUUUAUGGGUCUCGCAAGUUGUUUAUUCGGUUUAUUUGAAGCCAAAAAAAUUGGAGAAAUUAUUGAGACAACAGGGGAUUAAAGGAACAUCGUACAACCCCAUCCAUGGAGAUAACCUGGUCAUGCAGGAGAUGGCCAAUGAAGCUCUCUCUAAACCCAUGUCCUUAAACCACAAUAUUGUUCCACGUGUCAAUCCCUUCGUUGAUCAAAUGGUGCAAAAAUAUGGAAAUAUAUGUUUGUGUUGGCGUGGAACAAGGCCAACGUUGAUAAUUGCGGAGGCAGAGCUGAUGAAGAUGAUACUUAGUGACAAGGAUGGCCUUAUCCAGAAACCACCGGCGAAUCCAUUUGUGGCUCUUUUGAGUCUAGGACUCUCAAACUUGGAAGGACAAAAAUGGGCAAAACGUCGAAGAUUAAUUAAUCCUGCAUUUCAUCAUCAAAAGUUAUUGGGAAUGGUACCAGAAUUUAUAGCAAGCUGUGGGAAGCGGAUCGAUUACUGGAAGAAAUUGGUUGAUUCUUCUUCUUCAGCUGAAGGGACUGAAAUUGAUGUUAGUUCUGAGUUGCAUAGUCUCUCAGCAGACGUAAUAGCCAGAACAGCAUUUGGAAGCAGCUAUGAAGAAGGGAAAAAGAUCUUUCAACUUCAACAAGAGCAGGCCUUCCUAAUUAAUGAAGCUUUUCACUCCUUAUACUUCCCAGGACUUCGAUUUAUACCAACCAAGAAGAACAGAAGGAGAUACGAGGUGGACAAGGAGAUCAAGGACAUGUUAAGAGAGAUUGUCAACAAGAAAAAAAGAGCAAUGCUGGAUGGAGAAUCAUCAGGUGAUACUGAUUUAUUGGGUUUGCUGCUGCAAUGCAAAGAGAAGGGAAACGAAAUGAGCAUGGACGAUGUGAUAGAAGAGUGCAAAUUGUUUUACUUUGCUGGCCAUGAAACUACUGCUAACUGGCUCACUUGGACUCUCAUCUGCUUGGCUAUACAUCCAGAAUGGCAGGAAAAGGCCAGGCAAGAAGUUCUUCAGAUUUGCGGGGAUAAAACACCAGAUGCCGAUGUCUUAAACCGGCUCAAAAUUGUGACAAUGGUGUUGAAUGAAGUCCUAAGGCUAUACCCUCUAGUGGUCAACCUGUGGCGAUACACUGCCAGGGCAACCCGAAUAGGCGGUAUAACCAUCCCUGCAGGGGUGGAACUUAAUCUACCAACUGUCUUAUUGCAUCAUUCAUCUGAAUAUUGGGGUGAUGAUGCUCAAGAAUUCAAGCCAGAAAGGUUCGCGGAAGGAGUUUCAAAGGCAACAAUUAAGGAUCAAGCAACAGCCUUCUAUCCCUUUGGGUGGGGAUCAAGAAUAUGCAUAGGCCAAAACUUUGCAAAUAUAGAAGCUAAGUUGGCACUAUCCAUGAUUCUGCAGAAUUUCUCAUUCAAACUCUCACCUUCCUAUGUUCAUGCUCCUUACACCAUCAUCUCCCUUCAGCCACAACAUGGAGCUCCUCUUAUCUUUCAGAAAAUUUAA